AUGGGGAGGAAAUACUGGGGCGGAUCGGGCGAAGCCCUCACCGUAUGGAUCUCCAUCGCAGCAUCGACCGUGCUGGUGUUUUACGGCUACGACCAGGGCGUCUUCGGCAACGUCAUCAUCGGCGACAACUUCCUCCAGACCAUGGGCCACCCCUCCGCCAACAUGCAGGCCACCAUGACCUCCGUCUACAACAUUGGCUGCUUCGUCGGUGCCAUGUCGACCGUCUGGACGGGUGACUUUUUUGGCCGGCCGCGCCAGAUCCUCGUCGGGAGCACCGUCAUCGCUGUCGGCGCCGUCAUCCAGGCUGCGUCGUACAGCGUCGCGCAGAUGAUGGUCGGUCGGGUGGUGGCUGGCCUGGGGACGGGCAUGAACACGGCGACGGCGGGCGUGUGGCAGGCGGAGACGAGUAAGAUGCGGAGUCGGGGGAAGUUGGUGAUUAUCCAGAUGGCAAACUGCAUCACCGGCUUCUCCCUCUCCAACUGGCUCACGCUAGGCUUCUCCUUCGCCCCCGGCAGCGUCGCCUGGCGAUUCCCGCUCGCUUUUCAGAUCUUCUUCACCCUGCUCAUCUACGCUCUCUGCCCGUUCCUGCCCGACUCGCCGCGGCUGCUGAUCCGCAAGGGCCGCUACGACGAGGCGCGCGAGGUCAUCGCCGCGCUGCAGGGGAAUGGCGCGACUGUCGACUCGCCCUCGGUCAAGAACCAGUUCAAUAUCAUCAAGGAUAUCUUGGAUCGCGAGCACAUGGCGACGUAUACGUGGUGGCAGCUGGUGACGGGGAGGGGCCCCGCCGGUGUCCUCCGCCGCAUGAUCCUCGGCGCCUGGAUGCAGGCCAUGAACCAAAUCUCCGGCAUCAACAUCACCAGCUACUACAUGUCCUACGUGUUCAUCCACGCGCUGCACAUCAACGAGCUGCUGUCGCGCAUCCUGGCCGCGGCAGGGUCCGUCGACUACCUCUUUUUCGCCUGCCUGGCGUACUUCAUCAUCGAGCGCUACGGCCGCCGCAAGGUGAUGAUGUCCUCGGCCGCGGCGUGCUGCACCUGCUGGGUGGUCAUUGCCAUUGCGCUGGCGAUUUCGGACACGGGGAGGGGGGAUCCGUACAAGAUGGGGAUCGUGGCGGUUUCAUUCUUUUUUGUGUUCUUUGCGAGUUUUGGUAUGGGGGUUUUGGGGGUGCCGUGGCUCUACCCAACUGAGAUCAACGCGCUGGAGAUGCGAACCAAGGGCGCGUCCUUGGCCAUGGCAACGAAUUGGAUUAUGAACUACAUGGUCGUCCAAGUCACCCCCCCAGGCAUCGCCAACCUGGGCUGGCGCUUCUGGAUCAUCUGGGCCGUCAUCUGCUUCAGCUUCAUCCCCAUCACGUACCUCUUCUACCCGGAGACAGCCAACCGGACGCUAGAGGACAUUGAUCGGUUUUUUGAAAACAAGCCUGGGAUUGUCGUUGCGUGGGAUAAGACGGCAACACAACUCUCCCGCCCGGAGGAAUACAUUCGCAUGGACGAGGAGAUUGGUCGGAGGGGCGACGAGGAGGAGAAGCUGCAGGUGCAUUCUGCGGGGAGCAAUUCUGAGAAGGAUGCUGGGUCUCCUGUUCAUGAGGAGGGGGUUUAA